UUUUACCAUAGUUACACGACAAAGCAGAGAAAAACAAUAAUGUAACUUAUUCCCGCCAGCGACGCUGGACCGAACCUUGGGUUCUUUUUCUCUUUAUUCUUUUACGUCCUUUUCUUUGUCGCCUUAAAUGGAUCAUCAAAGGGACAGCUUUGGCGAUCGCAUUGCUGCGGCUCGCCGCGAAGCUGAAACCUUGAAGGAGGCUGUCAAGAAACGGAAGGAGCAACUCGCAGACGGCUCUUUACAAGAGAAUGCACGAAAAGCGCUCGAACCUCUUCCACGUCUGGUGCUCCGGGUACGACGUACAUUGAAAGGUCAUUUGGCCAAAGUCUAUGCAUUGCAUUGGGCCCAAGAUCAACCUCAGGUUGUCACUGCAUCACAAGAUGGCAAACUGAUUGUAUGGGAAGCUUAUACGACACACAAAAUAUGCGCUAUACCAUUGCAAUCCUCUUGGGUUAUGUCGACGGCAUUUUCUCCUUCGUCCAAUUUGGUUGCUUCUGGUGGAUUGGAUAAUGUUUGCUCUAUAUUCAACUUGAAGACGCGCGACGGACCGACUCGACCAGCACGACAGUUGGCAGGCCAUACUGGAUACCUUAGUUGUUGUCGAUUCUUGAGCGAACGACAGAUCGUCACUGCAAGCGGUGACACGACAUGUGCUCUAUGGGAUAUUGACGCUGGCGUCAAAGUAGAAGAAUUUCAGGAACACUCUGGUGAUGUUAUGUGCUUAUCGGUGUUGAAGAAUAAUCCACACAUUUUUGUAUCCGGUGCUUGCGACAAUACCGCUAAAGUAUGGGAUGUGCGAGACAAACGAAGGAAAUGCAUGCAGACAUUCACAGGCCACGAGUCGGAUAUCAAUGCCAUUGACUUCUUUCCUGAUGGCGCCGCUUUUGGCACCGGCUCAGACGAUGCAACAUGUCGCUUGUUUGAUCUGCGUGCGGAUCGCGAGUUAAACGUUUACUCGGAUGAAAACAAUUACUGUGGUGUCACAUCGAUCGCUUUUUCAAAUUCGGGCCGUGUCAUGUUUGCAGGUUACGAUGAUUUCAAGUGCCAGGCAUGGGAUACCCUGCGUAAUGAACACGUUGGUACUUUAAAUGGCCAUGAGAAUCGUGUCUCGUGCCUUACUGUGUCGGCGGAUGGAAUGGCUUUAUGCACUGGCAGCUGGGAUCAUUCCGUAAAGCUUUGGGGAUUCUAAACAAAGACAACACAAUACCAAUUGUAUUCUCCUUACAAACUACGUAGACGACUACUACUUCAACUGUAAUUUUAAUCGUAUUAUAUCAUUCCAUAUUCUCCUCGAUCUAUUGAAACCAUAAACUCCGUUAUUCGGAUCAUCUCGUUUAAACUAUAUAUCAAACUACAUAUCUACGAACCUUUA